AAAGAAUGGAAUAACAUGCUACAACUCCUGCGAUGCUCCGGGAGAUACAAAAGCUCGGCUACUUUGUAUUGUUCACUCGAGAUAACACGUAGAUUUCAUGCUUCGCAAUGCGUCUGCGAGGUGGCAAAGCCUAUUUCCCAUGACGAAUUCAAAAGGCACCUUCAGCAAUGUAUGCCUACUCAAUCGCAAGGUGAAAAUAUAGCUGUUGCCUUUUCUGGAGGACCAGAUUCAACGUGUCUCUUAUAUCACCUCAAGCAUCUGACUGAUAAUAACGUCUUCGGGGAUCAUAAACAAACUGAGGCUGUUGCAGUGACAAUAGACCAUAGACUACAAGCCGCCUCAAGUCAAAUGUCUGAGAAAUGUGCCAGCAUUGCUGCCUCCCUGAAAGUCAAGCAUCUAGUAUACAAGAUUCCGUGGGGUGUUGCUCCCUUCCCGUCGAUUCCCUCUUCUGGGGCUCCUUUCGAGAAUAUUGCUCGCGAAGCAAGAUAUCAUCAGCUUCUCUCGGCUAUGAGAAAUGAGGCAAUCUCCACGAUCGCAUUCGGCCACCAUGCGGACGACCAGGUUGAGACCGCACUUCUCCGCAUUGCACGGGGAAGUACUGAGGUCGGGCUUGCGGGUAUGCGUCCACGACGUCUGUGGGGUAUGGGAUUUGGUACCGGCCCUGAGAACCUGGGGUGGGCUGGACAAGACGGAAUGAGCCGCUGGAUUAUUCGACCGUUACUGGGUUUCCCGAAAGAGAGGCUUAUAGCUACUUGCCAAUCAGCUGGGUUGGAGUACGUCGUCGAUAAGACGAACUUUCAGCCUGAUGUCGCGCUUCGAAAUCAGGUUCGACGUGAGCUCGGAUCUCCGGGUAGCCUCGCCGAGAGAACAAAGGUGCUGCUGGAUAUAGCUGCAGGAGUGGCAACCUCCGAUGAUAGGGCUCAGCAAGUGCAAGUCACUCACCAAGAAGAUGGCCCCACUUCGCUCGCACAAUUGAGGUCUGCCAUUGAAUCGGUAUCUGACUUCGUCGACAGACUUAACCACGAAGCAUCCAUUCAGUUGGAGAAGUGUUUGCGCUCUUCUCCACCAUCCACUAUCCUUCUCUCGAAAGAUACAUUCUCGCGCGUGACAGACAGAUCGGUCCGAUUCGAGAUUAUUCGGCGUGUUCUACGGUUCGUAUCCCCCUUUCCCUGGGGUUCUAUACGAGCCGAAGCCGGCCGUCGGACGGACAGCUUACAACGAAUAUCAGACACCUUAAUUGGGACUAGAGAAUGCUCGACCAAGCGCUCAAAUAAGGACUGUCCGUCUGUUAUACCCGAUAGGAAGUUCGUCGCAGGUGGUGGUGUCGUGUGGACUCCGGUUUAUAUUACUCAUGAUGCAAAGAUGAAAUUUACUGGAAAAGGGAAGUCAAUUUUCAAGGAACUGGGGUGGUUAGCUUCUCGCCAGUCUCCGAUUCGGCGCUACGGUGACUCUGCGGCGAAGUCUCUGGAACUUGAUAUUACGAAGUCAAUUUAUACCGCACUCUCACAAGGUCGUUCUUUGGAAAUUCUUUACGACAAUCGAUUU